AUGUCUGUGGGUUUCUUGUUAGCCAGUCCUAGUGAUGCUGUCAUUUGGAGAGGACCAAAGAAAAAUGGUAAGAGACAUCUUAUUUGUUGUAGUGACUUGAUUAAGGCCAUCCAGGCAAGUAUUUUAAACAAAUCAAUUGUUGACUAACAAAGAUUUUUAACUUAGUGUUAUUUAAAAAUCUAUUAAAAUUCAGUUGUAAAUUUUCUUGUGAUCUGGAUUGCUGGGAUUUGGCAGGAUGGGUCCAAAAAAAUUUUGGCCGAGCAGUUUUAACUUUCUGGCCAUGUGCAAUCAAUAAAAUGAUGUUGAUUUCCACAGCAGAUUACUGACCAACAAAUUUCGAUUCGUGUUGAACGAGUGAGUGAUGAAAAGUCCAAAGGAACAAAAAUUUCUUGCCUCCAUAUUGAUUAUUUCAUGUGCUGUUAUUUACCUCUGUUCGUAACUUUCUGCUGCCUGCUUUGUAAAAUCAAUAAGCCAACACUGUAGCUUGCUUCCUAUCUUGUUUGACAAAAAAAUUUGGUUGUGUAAAAUCUACUUUUGAUCAUUGUUGUUAAUGAAAAACCUGCCAGUGGUUGGGUUUUUGAAUUUAUUCAUGAUUGAAAGGUACAUUAAUAUUGAAAUGCACGAACUAAUAUAAAUGAAUUUAUCAUAAGUAAACUCAGUCCUAGCAGCCCAAACUUCUUUUGUUUUCUUAAGAUGAUCUGCCCAUUAAAUAAAAAGGAGUGAAAAACAGCUUGAGUAUAAUUCGUUCCAGAUUUUUUAGUUAAGCAUUAGUAGGAGGGCCCAUGUGGGAUACUAAUAUUUUAGGGCUAUGCUCUAAGAAAAGUGAGUGAAAAUCAGUGGUGCCUUGCAUAUGAUUUCUGUACAUAAACUGAGAUUUUAUGGUCUUUUGUCACUCAAGAGCAAUAGCAAGUCACCAAGGGCCACCAGGGCACUGCCAGAGCACAACUCUGUAAUUUUCAUGGUUUGCCCAGGAAAAAGGAAGUUUGCUUUUUGUCCAUAUUGUAGGUUUAAUCAAGCAGUUUUUACGUGAUGUUGACUGGGGUGAUGUAGACUAUCUUGUUGUGGACACACCACCUGGAACAUCUGAUGAGCACCUGUCAGUUGUUCAGUACUUGAGUAAUACUCAUGUAGAUGGAGCCAUUAUCAUUACCACACCACAGGUAAGAAUCGAAGAAAAUCACUGACAAUGUGCAAAAUAAACUGUUCAUCUUCAAAAACAAAAAAUUGUAAAUUGUAAAUUGCUUGUUUACCCACGAAGCACAUAGGAGUUCAUAUGAACUCGUUGAAACGUGUCCGUGCGUUCCAGAUCGAAUUGGAAUUUGGAAGUGUUGGUUUUUGAGGAGAGGGGAAAACCGGAGUAGCCGGAGACGGGAUGGGAUUCUAGUCCAUCGCAGGGUUACCCCCCAGCAGUAUGUCGCCGGUACCCAAUUAUAAACCUGGGUGAAGAAAGACAAAAUGGAGUAAAGUUCUUGUCUAAGGAAACAACGCGACGGGCGAGGCUUAAACCCCGGACCUCCAGAUCCGGAGUUGGAGGUGUUAACCACUCGGCCACACUCGCCUCCACAAAAAAUUUCAAGGGCUUCAGUAUUAUUUUCCCGAAACUUUUAGAUGCAAUUUAACGUAUUACGAAAAUGAGAAUUUUUCUGAUUCCUCUCUCCAUCACAUUUUUGAGUCCGAAAAUUUUAGGUCUUCUUUUUUCUACGAAAAAUAGCCUAGCCCAGGGAGUGAAAUUUGAAAAAUUAAACUUCAGAAAAUCGUAGGGAAUUUAUAAGAUGAGCUUCAAAAAUUGUCGAUGAAUAGAACGGUCAUGGAGACAUUUUUAGCCAUCCUAAAGAAGACGGAUAGAACGUGUUGGACGAUCCCAACUCGUUCAGACGAACUUAACUGCGCCAGACGUCGAACUUUUCUAUGAACUUAAUUCUCUAAGUUUGGUUCGUCUCGUGGAAAGUUCGACGUUUAGCCUAGGCCAUAGAUCGUCCAACACGUUCUAUGCAGCUAGAUCUGCUUCAGACAAAUAACGUCUGAAGAACGUUCUAGAAGGAGAGCAUUCGCAUGUUAUUGCAGUAACCUCAGGUAUACCCUAAAAUCAGUGCUGGGGCCGUUAAUAUUUCUUAUUUUAUUAAUGAUCUCCCAUGCUAUGUUAAGUCAAGGGUCCUUCUUUUUGCCGAUGACACCGUCAUCAAAAAGACUUAAGUGGUAAAUAAAUAAAUAAAUAAAUAAAUAAGAUAGUCUCCGGGACAAACGUCGAACUUCACAUGCGACGAACUAAACUAAUAAUUUAAAUAAAUUUAAUAAUUUUAAAAAUUUGUUUAUCUAGGCUCGUUCGGGAGAAAACUUAUUGAAAUUGCUUUUUGGUCUGAUUUAGUUGAUUCGGAGUUGAUUGGUUCAACGCGUUCUAAGGUCGACGUCUGACCCAACAGACGAUCUUAACUUAAUUCAGGUCGACCCACAUUAGAGUUUGGCUCGUUCCUUGAAAAGUUCGACGUUUGGCCUAGGCCUAAGAGUUUGAAUUUCCACUGUAAACUAAAAGGAGUAAAACUCGAAAUUGCAAACUUGUAAAUAGUAUUUCAAAAUGGAUCUAAAGCAAAAGAAGAGGUAUAUAGAUAAGACAAUAGAGGGUUAACUUUUUUCCCUAAUCGUCCUAGCUGGGGUUUCUUAAAAAUGCAAGAGCGUACCCAAAGUCUGCAUCCCCUGUGCUUGCACAGGCACACCAGAAUAGACCCUGCUGGAAUGAAGGGCAAGUUUGACUGUCCUUAUUAAUUAACCGAGUAGAUUCUAAUAUGCACAUAUGCUUCAAUUCAGUACACUAAGUCUUCCAUUAAACGAACACUGUAACAUAAAAAAUGUUUUAAAAUGCGUCACCUUACGCGGAGUUCAUUGAACGUCAGUACGAAGUUCUUUGGCUCGCACAGUGGCGGCAUCUACCGCUCUCAUCAAAGCUGCUCUUACUCCACGUUCUUCCAGAGCGUUAAUACCUUCAAUAGUAGAACCGCCAGCAGCACACACACUGUCUUUAAGCUCUCCGAGGUGUUUUUGACUUUUCAAAGCCAACUGAGCAGCUCCAGAGGCCGUAUGUGCUACUAAUCGCACUGCUUCCUCGCGUGUUAAUCCGCCACGCACUGCGCCGUCCGCGAGGGCGUCCAGGACGAGGUACACGUACGCGGGACCGCCGCCGGUCAGUGCUGUUAUUAAAUCCAUUAAGCGCUCAUCUACUGUGUGGCAGUAUCCAACUUUGGACAUUAGUUGAUGGACGACUUUUCGGUCUUCGUCGCACGUAAACUUUCCGUAGGAAACAGUUGUAACUCCCUCACAAAUUUGCACCGCGGAAUUCAACAUCAUGCGGACUACUUUGGUAUGACCAGGCAAGGAAUUCUGCAUGUAAUUGAGCGUGACUCCAGCGGCGAUGGACAUAAGUAGAUGAUUUGAAGUCACUACAGGAGAAAUGUCCUUGAAAACGUUUGAGAGUGCACUUGUUGGAGUAGCAAGGAAUACAUAGUUGCAUUCCUUUAAAACUAACUGGUUAUCAUCAGUCACAGCACAGGCCAUGUUGCGAAAUUGAUUCAAGUCAUCCUGUGUACGAGAACUGGCAAUAACUUGGUUUGCUUUGACUGUUCCUGCAGACAAAAGUGCUUUGGCGAUGUACUGUGCUACUUUUCCCGCGCCGAUAAAACCUAACGGUGAGAUCAAACUCAUCUUUAGGUGACCUGUGUGAAGCGUUGUGUGGAGAGAUAAGUACGCCAGGUCUAUUAUCCAGACUCUAUUUCUGCCCUUUCUUCGCCCCGCGCCUGAUAAAGGUUAAAUCUAAUUAGCGUCAAAGGUUUCAAUAAGCAAUGGACCGUGAAACUUGAAGGCCCUGAACCUUGAAAAGUUUCACGGUUCAGAGACUAAUCUGACGGUGAAAUCCAGGUGAAAAUCAAACUCAUUCUUGGCACUUGUAGCUACUUGUUUUUUCUGCUUAAAGAACUUGUAGCCCAUGAAGAUCAAAAGCCUCCAAAGAAUAUCUAAUCAUAUUUAAUUGACCACUACAUAAAAUACCAUAACAUACCAUAAUGCUCUGUGUUUUUCACCCCAAAAUUUUGCAUAAGCAUUGUUUGCAGUUUCUCUUCGGGCCAUUUUAACUCCCAAGAGAAACUGAAGACAAUGCUUAUGCAAAAUUUUGGGGUGACAAACAAAGAGCAUUAUGGUAUGUUAUGGUAUUGUAAGGCCGAUACACACGAGGGAUUUUGCUCCGGGAGCAAAGUUCCUCCGUGUGUACCAACGAUUUCAUGGGUAUACUUCAUCCUCGGGAGCAGAAUUUCCACCCCUCAAAAUGCUCCACGAUAUUUAACCGGUUAAAUAUUUGGGAGUAAACUCCCGGGGCAAAUUGAGCGAACUUGAAAACGCUCCCUCGUGUGUACUGACACGUGCAAAAUGAGCCCGGAGCAUGCUCCGGGAGCAAAACCCCUCGUGUGUAUCGGCCUUUAUGUAUUGGUUAAUAGCUCUAUUGACUCUGUUGUAUGUUAAUAAUAUUGUCUUAUUUAUAGAUGGUGCUUCGUUAACGUCUUUCUGACUGGAAAAAAGCGCUCUUUUACAAGAUAAUCAUUCUAGCCGCCGGUCGAAUAAUUAUUUCGCAAAAAUAGCGCUAUAAAACAGCCCGGAACAAUGAAAAAACACGACACCUGACUAAGUUAACAUUUCGUUAGCACUUUUAUUGGAACAUGUUUUUUCAAAGCUGUGUUUUGGAGCAAAUUGUAGCCGCCGUAUUGUUCAUCUGUAUCUGUUUUUCUCUUAUAAAGCACAAAAGAUCUAUGCUCAGAUGUCUAAAGAGAAACGGUCACGGGAACAGAGAGUGGUCUGCCUGUGUUGGGCGACCCUCUAGGUUUUUGAGGAAGCAGAGUAUCUAGCCGAGCCCAUUUUUGAAAGUCUGAAGUAACAGGGCUUUAAAGAAACUUGAAUGCCAGCUUGUCCUUUGAGCAAGCACCUCUCGCAUUUCCUUGGCCGGGGCCACCUCUUGCUUGUCUUAGUUAAUGACUUUGUUAGAGGAUGACUUGACCCUUGCCUAUUUGGCAAGUAAGCUUUAAAAGUUACCGAUUCAGCAAGAAAAUCAACUUGCCCCGGACUAACAGACGGAAGUUUUUUCCAGCCCUAAAGUAAGUUAGCAAGCAAGCAAGCAUGUAUAGUUCACGAAAUCGACUGGCAUGACAAUAGAAAGUAAUUGACAUGUUUGUCUCCAUUGUCUGGUCAAUGAUCGUUGAAGCGAACAGUUCUUAAUGACUGAAUGCUCAUCGCUGUUAAAUAUUUACUACGCCUGAUUUCUGUAACGGUUUACAACACUUUCGGAAGCCGUCUUCGUCAAACGAUCACAUACACGGCGGAAGUCGCCAGGGGCAAAUGUUUUUGUUCAUUUUAGCGAUCGUAGGCGUGCCAUGUUUGCUUGACUCGAUUUACUGCGAAAAUGGCGCCAAGUUAUGUCUGCGGCGCUACGCUCAACAAUUUAUUGGCAUUUCCAUGUGAGUAAGUGGCAUUGCUUAUGACAAUAUUAAUUAAAAUAUUAAAAAGUAGUAACAUCAGUAAUAUAAAAAUUUUCGCGCCUAAAAAAGAGCGCGUAUCGCAUGUUCUCGCGGGAGGGGAUUCCUCGUGCCCUCGCACGUGUUAGUCGCUCCACUACAGGGGCUCCAAGAAUGUACAAGAGGAGUCCUCCUGUUGAACGGUCAUAGUGUCCACUUUUCAAACAUAGGCGUGCUAAAGACAGGCUCCAAUCUCGCUAACAAACGCCUAAAACCCGCAAACGAGUACAGCACGGUUCAGUUCGUCACACAUUCUUCCUGCGCUGGUCUCAUCGUCUUUCAUAUUUCUCUGCUUUCUUCGUUUUGUUGCACAGAUUAUCCUACUCAAUCUUUUCCAUUCGUUUUUAUGUGUCAUUCAACAGUUGAUUUCCAAGCAUUCAGGACACGGGAACCGUUCAAAGCGUUUUUACAAGCGUUAUUGGAACAGAUCUUGGGUCCGCUGCCUAAGAGCAAGUUCCAUGAACCAUUUCACAAAAUAGAUGUUGUUUCACGAUCUUUUAUUAGAGACUUUUUUAGUCUAAACUGACGACUAGACUACGAGGACGAGAUUUUCUCAAUACUAAGAAGCGAGCGAGUAGCGCUAUCGUUAUUAGGAACUUUAAGAUUCAACGACGCGGACAGCAACGAGAACGUCAAAAAACAAUAGGUUUUAUAGGCAAAACAACAACUCUGCACGUGCAUCACGCUUUUUUGUACCUUUCUUAGCCCGUUUUUGCACGAGUACGACGUGAAAAUGCAUAAUUUCGCGUUUUUUGGAGGACGUAAACAAGCAACGACAAAAUUUUAUUUCUCUUUCUGAACUUGGAUGUGGUCCCAAAGAAUUCAACUCCAGUAGGGUUCGCCUACAUUUGACAAAUUAUGUGGGUAGGAAUAAACGCAAAUUCACUUUUUAAGCGACGUUCUCAUUGCCGUCGCGUCGUUGAAUCUUGAAGUCCCUAUUGGCGGGAAAACGUGAAAGCCGUCAUCAUUCAACGCGUUUUGGCGAGAAAUGUUAGAAGUUUUAUCAUUUUACGAUCAGGAGAGGGCUUUACUAGGUUAACAUUCUUCAAUAAAAAUAAUCGUGCUAACUUUCUGGUGUAAAAAAAAAAAAGUACGAUAGAGCUUUUCGGGUUGUGUAUUUUUUGAGAAUACGCGUGCUCGUCCUGGAAUCUACAGGUGCCUUUAAUCCGUUCUGGCAGACGUGUUCUACCUUUAACUUCUGCAUACUUCAAUACGCUUUCGUUACUAAAAAAAAUGAUCCCAUUUGUUCAAGAUGAGAAAGUAACAGAGCUUCAAGUACAGUAUAGUCUGUCAAGUAUAAGUCACCUUGAAUAUUGGAGAAAUUUAUCUAUCUUUUAUUAACCUUUAUUUGCUGCCUAGUGAAAUUCCCUUGCGACAUGCACUGACUGGUGCUGGCUCUCUCUUAAGAAAAUCAUUGAUUGAACGAUUGUUAUUAUUUUGUAUUUAAAGGAAGUGUCACUACUUGAUGUGCGUAAAGAAAUCAACUUUUGCAAGAAAGUAAAGAUGCCAGUUAUCGGAGUUGUGGAAAAUAUGAGUGGUUUCGUUUGCCCCAAGUGCAAGGUAUGUGUUUUAAACACUCAGCAAUUUAAUAACUACCAUGGGACAGAUUUUUUAGACCAAAGCUGGUUCACGAGGAUGCCUUAUUUUGAGGCCUCGUCGACGCGCCCACACGUAUUGUAUUCGAAACGUUUUCGCCAGUCCACGCGAAAACUCUUAAACGAUGGAAAUACGAUAGCAUGCGUUUUGUGAUUUAUGAGAUCAUCGUAUUCGAAAACCUCCGUUUUCGUCCGUACGCACGAAAACGGAAGAGCCGGCAUUUUCAAAAAUAUCCUCUGACUCCGGAGGGCGUUUUGAACAGGUGUCUUUUCGGUGACCGUUUUCAGCGGAUACGCGUGGACGUUAGGCCAAAACGUAGAAAAACUCUCCGUUUUCAAACAAUAACGGAUAGGCAUUGACGGGGCCGUGGAGACAGUAGGGACAGAUUUUGUGUACCAAAGCUAGUUAACGAAGAUCAGUUAUUCUUGAGUCUCUUUACAAUGAACAGUUAGCGUUCAAAAUUAAAAUGAAGAACGGCGAAUGGGAAACAGGAAGCGGGGAACGGGAAAUUGAAGAAUUGUAACAAAGCAGAGAAUUGGAAAAGAAGAUAUUGGUGGGGCAUCCAGUGAGGUUUUUGACGUACCGUCGCCGUCCUCGUUUCUUUUGCUCCCCGUAAGCACUGGUCUAAAGUACGGAGUUUAUAAUCCACAUCAAAAUUAUCUCUCCGGGCCGGAGGCAAACAAGCCGAAUAUUUAUAAGCAUUAGUGAGAAGCUGAACUCGAAACUAUUUCACGCUGUUCCUAUGCAGCAAUUAGUUUGAGCAACUUUUAAUGUAACAAUUGAGGACUACAUGCUUCUACGAGAACAGUGAAGGUUAGUUUUAAAAGAAUUGAAGGAUGCUGCCUGUUUGCUAAAAUUUGAUAACUUGUGUUAACUUUUUUUGAUACAGAAAGAAUCACAGAUCUUUCCACCGACAACAGGGGGAGCAGAGAAAAUGGCAUCAGAUAUGGAAGUUCCUUUUCUGGGCAAAUUACCUCUUGAUCCUCGGAUAGGCCGCUGCUGUGACGAAGGAAAGUCAUUUCUAACCGAAGUUCCAGAUUCGCCGGCUGCCGAUGCGUACAAAAAAAUCAUUCAAAGUACGUUGCUUUCAUGUACUCGGCCAUCG